AUGAAAUUCUUCGCGCUCAUGCCUGCCGGCCUCUGCGCCCUCGGCACCCUGUCCGGUGUCUUCGCGCAGAACUCGGAGGCAAUCAUCUCUGACCUGAACCGCGUCACCCAGCUCUCAGCCGAGCUUAGGGUGACGGUGCAGGCCACCACUUUCCUGAACGCCACUGCGGCCGCCCCGCGGAUUGUAAACGGGCUGCAGAACAUUGUAGCUACAGUCACUAGGGCUGUUGCCGACACGCAUGCAAGUUCGGGCUCAAGCUCCCGCGACGUCAUCACGGGACGGGCGCAGAUGAAGCGUGCGAUCACCCACGAAGCAUGUGAAGCGAUUGUUACCGCUUUACUGGAUUUCGUGCGUGUUCAUCAAGCUUUGUUGAGCGUGAUUAUCGGAAAACACGGUGUCUUGUCACCUAUUGGAUUCGCGACUCCGAUCCGACUGGCCCUGGUCGCUAUUGAAAAAGGCGUUGAUACAUUUGCUAUCGACAUCAUCGAGGCGAUUCCUUGUGACAAGACCCGGGCAAACCAGGGAUUGGACUCGUUGGACGUGACUCUCGAGCGGUCUAUCGAAGCUUAUUCCUGA